AUGCGCACCUUCGCUUCCCUGGCUGCGGCCAGUCUCGCCCUGGCCGGGUUUGCAUCCGCCAGCGAUGUCCACGACCUCAAGACCGACAACUUCAAGGACUUUGUCUCUGAGCACGACUUGGUCCUCGCAGAGUUCUUUGCCCCUUGGUGCGGCCAUUGCAAGGCUCUCGCCCCAGAAUACGAAGAGGCUGCCACCACACUGAAAGAAAAAAACAUUCCUCUGGUCAAGGUCGACUGCACUGCCGAAGGAGAUCUGUGCAAGGAUUAUGGCGUGGAGGGUUAUCCCACCGUCAAAGUCUUCCGUGGUCUUGAUAACAUCAAGCCAUACCCCGGCGCGAGAAAAGCGCCAGCGAUUGUCUCAUACAUGACCAAGCAGCAACUACCGGCUGUCUCCCUUCUUACCGCCGACACGCUCGAAGAGUUCAAAACCACCGACAAGGUCGUCGUGGUAGCUUACAUUUCCUCUGACGACAAAGCGUCAAACCAGACCUACACCACACUCGCCGAGUCUCUGAGAGACGACUACAUUUUUGGCGCCAGCAAUGACGCCGCAUUGGCAAAGGCCGAGGGUGUCAAGCAGCCCGCGCUGGUCCUGUACAAGGACUUUGACGAAGGAAAGAACACCUUCAGCGAGACUUUUGACGAGAAUGCCAUCAUCCAAUUUAUCAAGACUGCAUCAACACCGUUGGUCGGUGAGGUCGGCCCCGAGACCUACGCUGGUUACAUGGCGGCCGGUAUCCCUCUCGCUUACAUCUUCGCCGAAACUCCUGAAGAACGCACAUCCCUGGCCGAAACCCUGCGACCAGUGGCCGAGAAGUACAAGGGAAAGAUCAACUUUGCAACCAUCGACGCAAAGGCGUUCGGUGCUCACGCGGGCAACCUAAACCUGCCUACCGACAAGUUCCCAUCUUUCGCCAUCCAGGAGACUGUGAAGAAUGAGAAAUAUCCCUUCGAGGGCAACUCCCUCACCGAGAAGAAGAUUGGCGCGUUCGUUAAGGACUUUGUCAACGGCAAGAUUGCGCCCAGUAUCAAGUCGGAACCCAUUCCGGACAAGCAAGAAGGCCCGGUGACGGUCGUGGUCGCUCAUUCCUAUAAGGAUAUCGUUCUGGACGACUCCAAGGAUGUUCUUGUCGAAUUCUACGCCCCAUGGUGUGGCCACUGCAAAGCUCUUGCUCCUACCUACGAGAAACUGGCCGAGCUGUACUCUUCCCCCGCGCUCUCUUCCAAGGUCACAGUCGCCAAGAUCGACGCCACUCUGAACGACGUCCCCGAUGAGAUUGCCGGCUUCCCUACCAUCAAGCUCUACCCAGCCGGUGCAAAGGACUCCCCGGUCGACUACUCUGGCUCGCGGACCCUGGAGGACCUCGCAGCUUUCAUCCGCGACAGCGGAAAGCACGGAGUUGACGGCUUGGCGGCGAAGAGCGACGACGACGAUGACGCGGUGGAAGGUGUAUCGUCUGCUGCGAGCGACACGGUGGCCAAGGCUGCUCCCGCCGCAACCACUGUCGCUGAAGAAGCCAGCUCUGGUGUGAAGGAGGCCGUCAAGAGCGCCGUCAGCGAAGCCGUCGACGCUGCAAAGACUUUCGUGGCUGACACCGAUGACGGUGGUCCCGAAGAGCACGAUGAAUUGUAA